CAUCACAGGGACAAUGCUGAAGGUUUUUGCUGUUGUUGCUCUUAUUGGUGCCUGCCUGUCUUUGGGCCGGGCAGAUGAGGGAUCAUCUGUGACUGCCCAGGAUAAAGCUGGCAAGCCAGUUCACCAUUCUAUCGUGAUCAAUAAGCAGGAAGAGACAGCCAUUGUGAAUUUGGGAGCUGGCAAGAAAUCUUUCACUGCCGUCCUUGAUUAUAAGACGGGAGUCAUUGCCUACAGGUCCUUCGGCCAGAAUUCAUGUUUCGUUUCCAGGAUGAACCGAGCCACAAUCCCACCUCUUGAUAAGCUGAGCAGUGUUAUGGAGAACAGAAAGAACAAACAGGGACCCCCUCCUCCACCAGUGCAGUACAACAUUAGCCCUGAACCCAUCAAGGACCAGUCUAAAUUGGGUGCACCAGUUCAAGCCCUGUGCCAAGGACUGACAUCCUAUUGGGCCGAAGAACAAAUCGGUAACAUGUUCUGCAUUGGAGUUGGAGUCUGCAUCAAUCUGAACUUACUGAUACUUGAUGCCGGUCUCUGUGGGCAUGUUGAUAUUUUUUAAAUAAAAUGUUGCUCAUUCUCAGUAUGAACCAUCUCCUUGUUAUUGCAUACCAAAGAAAUAAAAAGCUUUCUAUUGUGUAUCAAAUAAAUUCCUGCUACUGAAAUA